AUGGAGGCAACAUCCGCGCGGAUGGCAACUCGCGAUCGAUUUGGCGCUACAGCCGAUAUAGGAUCUUCAACACUGCAGCGCUACAUUAAACAGGCGUGUAGUCCCGAAAACUAUGAGCCAAACUUGGCUUUGAGCCUUGAGAUCUCAGAUUUAAUAAAUUCAAAAAAGGGAAAUGCGCCCCGAGAGGCGGCGAUGUCUAUUGUGAACUAUAUUAAUCACCGUAAUCCGAACGUCUCAUUACUAGCGCUUAAUCUACUCGAUAUCUGCGUAAAGAAUUGCGGAUAUCCUUUUCAACUUCAAAUCAGUAUGAAAGAAUUCCUAAACGAGCUUGUUAGAAGAUUCCCCGAACGGCCGCCAAUUCGACCUACAAGAGUACAGUUGAAGAUUUUAGAAGCUAUUGAAGAAUGGAGGGGCACAAUAUGUCAGACCUCAAGGUAUAAAGAUGACUUGGGGUAUAUUCGAGACAUGCAUAGAUUACUGAGCUACAAGGGAUAUGUGUUUCCAGAGGUAAGGCGGGAGGACGCUGCCGUAUUGAAUCCAAGUGAUACUCUUAAAUCUGCAGAAGAGAUGGAAGAAGAAGAAAGAGCAGCUCAGUCAGCAAAAUUACAAGAACUAAUAAGGAGAGGUGGCCCGGAAGAUUUGCAGGAGGCUAACCGCUUAAUGAAGAUUAUGGCUGGGUAUGACACGCGACAGAAGACUGAUUACCGGGCAAAAGCAGCGGAAGAAGUUGGCAAGGUUCAACAGAAGGCAAGACUGCUUGAAGAGCGUCUCGAGACGUUUAAAUCCGGAGAUGUCAUGACGGAAGGUGAUGUUUACGAAGAACUAGCUUCUGCUCUACAAAAUGCCCAUCCAAAAAUACAAAGGAUGUGCGAAGAAGAGUCCGAAGACCAUGAAGCAAUCGCGAAGCUACUAGAAAUCAACGAUAGCAUACACCGGACGGUAGAGAGGUACAAGCUCAUGAAGAAGGGUGACAUGAAUGCUGCUUCCAAAAUUGCCAAGGGAACAUUGGGCACUAGUACCGGUAUCAAUUCAAACAAUGAGCUCUCACUAAUCGACUUGGACGGAGAUGUAGAGCCGAAUGAGGCGAGCUUUACUCUACCAGCUACUCAAAAUCUCGAUUUAGGAGAUGAUUUGUUAGGACUAUCACUCGGCGAUGACUAUAGAACUGGCGGCAGCAUCUCUUUAGGCUCUGAUAAUAACCGAAAUUCCUCCAAUCCUUCAGUAUUACCCGGCGUAAAUGAAAACUCUUCCUACCAGGGGUCUUUGCCUUCCCUUUCAUUAAAUCAGCAAAGCCCCAUGCCAGAUUAUUCUUCUUUCUCGGCUUUUGGAUCCUCAUAUGCACCUUCUCGGUCUUCAACUCCUCAGUUGGCUCUAUUUCAGCAAAGUACACCUCAGGUACAGCAGUCAUUGCCUGAUGCAAAAGUUCUGACACCAUAUACUCGAAAUAUUGCUUUGACAUCGCCACAAUCAACGCCACUUCCUACGACACCCUCAAUGUUUGAUUUUGCUCAGCGAGAGACUAUCCAAAAACCCUCCGUGGCCGCGGCAGAUGAUGAAGAAUGGGCCUUUUCCUCAGCAUUACCUGAGGGACCACCAUCUUCUACUACCAUACAGAUCAGUCAGAAGACACUAGGUAUCUCCCUGCAUGCAACACGAUUAUCAUCCUCUCCUGGUGAAAUUACCAUGUCUCUAUCCUUUUCUAAUACUGGGAAUGAAGUCAUUUCCGAACUAACCUUCAUGGCAGCCGUGACAAAGGGAUACCAACUUAAGUUACAACCUCAAAGUGGUCGACAGCUAAAGCCACAUGAACGAGAUGGAGUCACGCAGGUAAUUAAACUGCUGGGUGUUGAGCAUGGGAAAGGCGAUGCGGUACGUUUGCGCUGGAAGACAAGCUACACGAUUGGAUCUCGACCAGUCAGCGAACAAGGAGAAAUAGCGUCGCUCGGGAUUGCUUGA